AUGUCGGAGGAAGCUGCAUCUGCAGAUGGGAACGGCAAAGCUGUUCGAGUGAUUCGGAUAGGAACUCGCAAAAGCCAGUUGGCUUGUAUUCAGACUGACAGUGUAGCAGAGAAGUUGAAAGAACUGUAUCCUGACCUCCAACUGGAAAUAAUUGGUAUGUCCACAACUGGAGACAUAAUCCUGGACAGAGCUUUAUCAAAGAUCGGUGAGAAAAGCCUUUUCACCAAAGAGCUGGAAAACGCCCUGGAAAGAAAUGAAGUGGAUCUAGUGGUGCACUCACUCAAAGACCUCCCCACCACUCUGCCUCCUGGAUUCACUAUCGGAGCUGUGCUGAAGAGAGAAAACCCUUUUGAUGCUGUGGUGCUACAUCCAAAACAUGCUAACAAGACUCUUGACAUAUUACCAGAAAACAGUGUAAUAGGCACAAGUUCAUUGCGGCGUGCUGCCCAGUUGAAGAGAAGAUUCCCCAAUCUGGUGUUCAAAGACAUUCGUGGAAAUUUGAACACUCGGUUGAAAAAGUUGGACGAAAAGGACGAUUACGCUGCCAUCAUUUUGGCUGCAGCCGGUCUGAAGCGGAUGGGCUGGGAGAACCGAAUUGGUCAGCAUCUUACAACAGAAGACUGCAUGUAUGCUGUUGGACAGGGGGCUUUAGCCGUUGAAGUCCGAGCUCGAGACACAGACAUUCUGGGCAUGGUCUCAGUCCUCCACGAUCCAGACACGGUGUUGAGGUGCAUCGCUGAAAGGGCUUUUCUCAGACAACUGGAGGGAGGAUGCAGUGUUCCUGUUGCCGUACACACAGAUAUUCAAGAUUCACAGCUCUACAUGACGGGGGCAGUAUUUAGCCUUGACGGUUCGGACACACUGAGAGAAACCAUGCAGACGAGUGUUGCCAACUCAGGGGCGGAGCAAGCAGGCGAACUUGAACCGAGAGUGGGGAUCACGGCGGGCAAUGUUUCCGGUCCUGCCCAAAUCAGAGCGGAGAAGCUGGGGAUGGACCUAGCCAACCUGCUGCUGAGUAAAGGAGCCAAGGAGAUUCUCACAGUGGCCCGACAACUCAACGACGCCAGAUAA